AUGGCUCCGUACUCUCUUUCUCUUUCUCUUCUCCUUCUCACAUCGGCAACGGUCACUCUUGCCCGUCCCUUUCAAAACCCAGAUAUCCUUGGCCCAAUCAAAGUAUUCCCCACUGGCGGCGACCCAGUAUACAAAGAGUUCGACAAGUUGGUGGACCCGAAGGAAGAGCCCAAACUUGCGCCGCGAGGUUUCGAUCCCUCGGCGAUUGUUGGAACAGUUAGCGGUGGCCUACCAUCUUCCAAAGAAGCUUCAGACGCAGACGGUCUAGGGAAUGUAUCUGACUUGGUCGAUGAUACCCUGGCCGGUCUUAAAUCGCGGGGGGUUAAUCCCUUGGAGCUCGUUGGGACGGUUCACGACGCCAUAACAGCUCCCCUGGAUGCCGCCCCCAAGUCAGAGGAAAUAACUGAACUUACCGGUGGCCCCGAAGUACCCAAAGUUACACCGGAGGAUCUCGCUUCCGGCAGUGCUGCUGAGGAAGAAUCCACGAAACCAUUGGAUAUCAACACCUUAAUUGGCCAGUUUGAGGCUGAGAACCUCGAGGGUCAAUUGCAAGAACUAGGAAAUGGAGGCGAUAUACCACAGGCAGAUGAUCUCGAUACCAAUAUUGUAGGGACCGAUGGAGUGCCUACCGGGGAUACGACCAAGCUUCGUUCGCGAGAGGUCCUUAGUGAUGUCAAACCAGUACUUAAGGGAUUUGGUGCCAAUGUCUCGAAGGACGACAAGGCACCUGUGAAUAGCCAAUCUGGGCUUCAAUCACGAGACCCGCUUGACCCUACAGACUUAGCUGGCUCUGGUGGGCUUAACGAGUUUGGAGCCAGCGGGAUCACAGACCCAAAGCAAAUUACGGGAAUAACGGAUGGAUUAACUAAGCUGCUGCUCCCCAAAACUGGAAACCGUCUUGCGCGUAGAGGCUUGAAGCUUCAACCACGAAAACCACUCAAUGUCCCGGGCUUAGAUAGCUUAAACGGGCUCGGACUCGAUAAAAUAAUAGACCCAAAGCGAAUUACAAAAGUGACGGAUGAAGAAAUUAAACCAUUGCUCAAAAAAACUGGGCUCCCUUUAUUACCCAAGGGGUCCAAGUUUAAGAGGCAGCCACUUCCGCCUAUUCCUAAUAUCAAGCUUCCCGACGAAGAAGUCUUCGAAAUCCUCCAGAAUCACGCCCUCGAGGAAUUAGAUAAUACUCGUCAAAGUAAAUAA